UUCUCUGUGGUUCAUUCAACACUUGUGUUUCUUGGUGGCAGACUAUUUGAUGGAAACCAGCUAAGUGGGAAAAUCCCAUCUACAGUAGGACUUGUUCAAACACUUGAGGUUCUUCGCCUGGAUAGGAACUCUCUAAUAGGACCGGUCCCAUCUAACCUCAACAACCUCACAAGCAUCAAUGAACUGAAUUUGGCACAUAAUCAACUGACAGGCUCAGUGCCUGACCUAACUGGAAUGGACUCCCUCAAUUACGUGGACUUGAGCAAUAACUCAUUUGCCCAAUCAGAAGCUCCAAGUUGGUUCUCAACCAUACAAUCUCUCACUACUCUUGUAAUGGAAUAUGGAACACUUCAAGGAAAAGUGCCACAAAAGCUUUUCAGUUUUCCACAACUACAACAAAUAAAACUUAGGAACAAUGCAUUGAAUAACACUUUGGACAUGGGAGACAGCAUUAGCCAGCAACUGCAGCUUGUUGAUUUGCAAAACAACCACAUUUCCUCUGUAACAUUGAACUCUGCGUAUAGAAAUACUCUAAUACUAACUGGUAACCCGGUCUGCACUACUGGUAUCUCAAAUACAAACUAUUGCCAACUUCAGAAACAAACAACAAAUCCCUAUUCAACCAGCCUAGCUAAUUGUGGAACCAAAUCAUGUCCCCCUGACCAGGGGCUAAGUCCUCAGAGUUGUGAGUGUGCAUAUCCAUAUGAAGGGACAUUGUAUUUUAGAGCACCUUCCUUUCGAGAUUUGUCCAACAUCUCUACAUUUCAUGCAUUGGAAAUGAGCCUGUGGAUCAAGCUUGGCCUAACCCCUGGUUCAGUCUCUCUUCAGAACUCCUUCUUUAAUGUGGAUGACUAUCUUCAGAUCCAGUUAGAACUCUUUCCGUCCAUCGGAAAUGGAAAGUAUUUUAAUCGGUCAGAAAUACAGAGGAUUGGGUUUUACCUGAGCAAUCAAACAUAUAAGCCUCCUCCUGAGUUUGGACCUUACUAUUUCAUUGCAUCUCCUUAUGCUUUCCCAGUUGAACUUGGAGGAACUUCUUUAAGCAUAGGUGUAAUUGUCGGAAUAGGAACUGGUUGUGGUGUUCUCAUCCUCAUACUCAUGGGUGUUGGAAUCUACAUAUUUCAACAAAAAUGGCGUGCUGAGAGAGCCAUUGAGUUGAGUAAGCCAUUCGCAUCAUGGGGUCCUAGCGGUGAAGAUAGUGGUGGUCCUCCACAAUUGAAAGGGGCCAGAUGGUUCUCAUAUGAUGAACUCAAAAAGUGCACCAACAAUUUUUCAGAAAGCAAUGAAAUUGGAUUUGGGGGCUAUGGCAAGGUUUAUAGAGGGAUGCUCUCAAGUGGACUUGUGGUGGCAAUCAAAAGAGCUCAACAAGGAUCAAUGCAGGGUGGGCUUGAGUUCAAGACUGAAAUUGAGUUGCUUUCUCGGGUUCAUCAUAAGAACCUCGUGGGACUUGUUGGAUUUUGUUUUGAGCAAGGAGAACAAAUGCUGGUUUAUGAAUUUAUGCCUAAUGGGACACUUAGAGACAACUUGUCUGGGAAAUCAGGCAUUCCCUUGGAUUGGAAACGAAGACUUUGCAUUGCUCUUGGUUCAGCUAGAGGAUUAGCAUAUCUUCAUGACUUGGCUAAUCCUCCUAUAAUUCAUAGAGAUGUCAAGUCUACUAAUAUUCUAUUGGAUGAAAAUUUAACUGCAAAAGUUGCAGAUUUUGGCCUGUCAAAAUUGGUAUCAGAUAGUGGCAAGGGGCACAUAUCCACUCAAGUUAAAGGCACAUUGGGUUAUCUAGAUCCUGAGUAUUAUAUGACUCAACAAUUGACAGAGAAGAGUGAUGUUUACAGCUUUGGCAUAGUGAUGCUUGAAUUGGUUACUUCCAAGCAACCAAUAGAGAAGGGGAAGUAUAUUGUCCGCGAGGUGCAAAUAGCUAUGGAUAAAAAUGACAAAGAAUACUAUGGCUUAGAAGAGAUAUUAGAUCCAAAAAUUAGAAAUCUACAAAAUCCCAUAGGUUUUGUGAGAUUUGUGGAUUUGGCCCUGCACUGUGUAGAAGAAUCAGCUGAAGACCGUCCAACAAUGAGUGAUGUUGUGAAGGGGAUUGAAGGCAUAUUACAACAAGAUGGUGUGAUCACAAAAUCAACCUCAGCAUCCUCGUCCGCUGCAGAAUUUCGAACUACCAAGGGAAAACCUCAACAUCCCUAUGAUGAUGCUUUGCCGAAGAAGGAUGUAAACAACAGUGAUGCCUUUGACUACAGUGGUGGAUACAUGCUCUCUACCAGAGUUGAACCCAAGUAGAACGCUGUUUCUUUGAUUUUUUUUCUUGUCUUCUUGAAUUCAGCCUAAUUUUUAUUGUAUGUUUCUUUAUCUAACACCUUUCUAUUUUCUUUUCCUUCCUCCUCCCCCCCCCCCCCCCCCCUUCUUUUCCCAUGGUCUUGUGAGGGAAGGGGGUCAAUGAUUCGUUCCUAGUGGAUGGAGGUGUUCGGAUCCUAUCUUUGUGUGGCCUAAUUCUCUUGUUCAAUGAUUCGUUCCUAGUAGAUGGAGGUGUUCGGAUCCUA